ACAGUGAUAGAAAGAAAGGGACAGACUGUGUAACAAGAGACUGGGGUGAUACGUCUUGUACGUCUGUUCCCAUACUGUUUACCACCAUUGCUGGGGAAGGCCAGGAAAUGAAGAUGCAGGCUGUAAUGAAGUUCCUUCCAUGGGUAGGUGUACUGAGCAUCACUGGUGCCCUGUACAUAUUCGGGGGGUACAGCCUGUUUUGGAGCCUCGGGCCAGUGUAUCUCUAUGCUGCCUACGUAUUGUGUGUGCAGAAACGACUUCCUGUAGUCGUCGGUAUCUUCUCCAGGGAACCCGAGGAGUCCUACGCGUGGCUCAGUAACCAUCUGCGGCAGGAGUUCCAGGUCAAAUCAGUCUUCAUAUCGAACAAUGAAGAAUGGAAGUUCAGACAAAGCAUCUCUGAGUGUAACUUCGCCAUCCUCUAUCACACAAAGAGAAGGGGAAGGCUGAACGUCACUGAUGUGACGGACUCGCUGUACGAUGAGGAGCUAAAAACACUGUCCACAACACUAGGGAAGAAGAACGUGAUUGUGGUGAUAGAUGAUGUGGACAAUGCCGACACCAACGCAAAGGAACAAUUACUACAAAGCCAGCCCACUAUUGCGUCUACGGCUUGUGACCUCUUCCUCUUUAGCUCCACUGAGAAGGAAUCUUUUCCUGUUGUUCAACAGAGUUCCAUUACAGACAAGUUGGUUUCUAUGAGAAAGCUGAUGCAAGGACCUUCCUAUCUCUCACUGCUUCUUACCCGUCUCAAUUUCCGUUUGCCGAGAUCUAAGUCUGCCAGGACUCCGAUACUGUAAAGAACUGGAAAUUACAUUAAUACUUUAAUGCAAUCAAUACAAAAGGCUACUUCUCUUAAAUAACACAAAAAAAAUAUUACUGUUAGUAAAGGGGUUGUUUACCACUUUUAGUAUGAUGUAGAUCAGCGGUU